AUGAGUAAUCCCAAAGAUAAUUCCGGGGAUCAAUCUUCCGGCCGAGGUGACCGCCAACCCUCCCCGCCUCGCACCGGAGAACAUCCUCCCCCAAUGCCACAAACAGAAAACCCUGAUCCCCAGCCUCCCCACCAUGCCCGUGCCGGAUCAUUAUCUGCAGCUGGUGGUACCGCUCGGGCAGAAGGGGCCAAUGUUGGGUCCGGUCAGGCUGAUGGUGGCGGUGAAGCCCGGAGGCCUACUCCUCCGAAGAAGAGAUACAGAGAAGGCGAUCCCGGUGCUAGUUCUUCAAGCAAAUCAAAGAUAAAGCCGGUUGAUAAUCAGCCACAACCACAACCAGAGCCACAGCCACAGCCACUGCCACAGCCACAGCCACAACCACAGCGGGUCGUGUAUAAAUGCAGUGAGUGUCCGAGAGUGUUUGACAGAGAGAAAAGUUUGUUCGGGCACCUGAGGAGUCAUAAGGAUCGCAGUUGGCGUGGUGCAUAUCCACCGCCACGCUUCAACCAAGAAGAAAUCGACGAAGACAUGGCGAAGGUGAUUGCGCGACUACAGGGCCGAGUAGUCAGCGAAAGUACGAGCCAAAGAAGGGAGGAAGUGGCUGCGGCGCCUGUGGCAGAGACCAAAGGAGGGGGAAGAGAGGAGGCGGGGCUAGAUCUUAACGUGCCGGCGCCUGAAGAAGGCGCUGAGGACGAUCAGCCACCAUCACCCAAAAGGGAAGAUGGUCAAGAUAUUGAUCUGAACCGGUCACCCCCCUCAGACACAUGA